AUGUCAGAACAACAAAUCAUUUUAUAUAAUUUUUGGAGAUCAUCAGCAUCUUGGAGAGUAAGAGCAGCAUUAGCAUUUAAGAAAUUAGAAUAUAAAUAUGUUCCAGUACAUCUUGGUAAAGGACAACAAAAAGAUGAAGAGUAUAGCAAGUUGAAUAGUAUGAAUGUAGUGCCAACUCUAGUGAUUGACGGUCACACUUUGGUACAAUCAUUGUCUAUCCUAGAGUACCUAGAGGAUACUAGACCAGAUGUAUCACCACUCCUUCCCAAAGAUCCAUUUAAACGAGCUGUUGUUCGUCAAAUCAUGCAAAUCAUUGGUUCUGACAUUCAACCACUCCAAACCAUCAAGGUUACCAACAAGAUAUUAGAAUUGACCAACAACGAUCAAAACAAGAAAUCAGAUUGGGUUAAAACAUGGAUUAGCAAUGGAUUCAACGGAUUAGAGAAAUUACUCCAACAACAUAGUGGAAAGUAUGCUGUAGGAGAUCAAGUAACCCUCGCUGAUCUAUGUAUUCCAGCUCAGGUAUUCAGUGCCAAUGCUUUUAAUCUUGACCUCACUCCCUAUCCAAAUAUAGAUCGUAUCAAUCAAAAUCUAUUACAAUUACCAGAGUUUCAAUCUUCUUCUCCUCAGAAUCAAAUUGAUGCUGAUAAAUAG